AACUAAAAAACCAACGCGUCUGAUCCUUCAAGCGGUUGCAUAAGAUCAUCCCAAUCGACGUUGCCGCACACAUAUCGGUUGCUGCCUCCAUAGAUGGAAAGGAACAGUAAAAGAAACAGAUCCCGCAGUCGGGCUAAUACCGGUGAGGGCUGCGGAGGGAUUGUGGAGGAAGUUCCUCUUGAGGUUAUUGGAGAUAUAUUGUCUCGUGUAGGAGUUGCACGAGACGUGAUUCGAGCUUCCCUAACUUGUUCCAAGUGGAGAGAAGCUUAUCUCAAACACCUUCAUACACUUUCCUUUAAUGUCGAUGAUGAUGAUCGUGUCUAUCGGGAACUCCCUACUUGUGACUUAGAAAUGUUGAUCACAAAGACCCUAUUCCAAUCACCCGGUUUGCGAAGAUUGUCGAUUCUGAUGGAUGAGAAGCACAUAUUUACAGCCACUUCAGUGGUGGGUUGGUUAAUGUUCUCCAGAGAAACAUUGUCCGAGUUGUUUUAUAAGGCCAGAACUUCUCAGCCUAUUGAUGUUCUUGAUGUACUUGGAAGGCAGCGACUUGAAACCCUGAGUUUAUGUGAUUACACAGUAACAGGGGUUGUGCCGAAUUUCAAAAGAUUCCCAAGUUUGACUUCACUUUCUCUAUGUGACGUCAGUAUCCCAGUAGAGGGACUGCAACGACUUCUUUUGGCUAUUCCCAAACUAGAGCGUGUGGAACUUACCGAUAUGUUUCUAUGGGGUUUAAACGAUGAUGUUUAUUCGGCAAAAGUAACAGUCAAGUUGCAUUGUCCUUCAUUGAAGUUUCUUUCGCUUACUCAUCUUCAAACAAUGGACUUUAUUUUGGAGAAUGGUAGUCGUAUUGAGUACGUGCGUGUGAGAAGAUGUGGUUUUUGUUUAUUUAAGAUCAAUGGUAGUAAAAGUUUGAGGCACUUCAACAUGUCCUGCGCUAGGGCUCUUCUUCUUGAAAUUGAAGACGGAGACAACCUUGAGAGUUUAGAAUUCACAAGGAGUGAUGUUGCCCAGUCAAAUUUAUUCCCAAUGAAGAUACGCGCACCAAAGUUGAAAACGUUUCGAAUUUGGGAUUCUAACAUUGUUGAAAAAGGGAAAGGACUCGCGGUGGAUUUGGAACAACUAGCUGUUGGUUCACCACAACUUACCCAUCUUGCAAUAUUUUGUGAUAAGGGAUCAUUUUGUAACAUUAGUUUUGGAUUCUCGCUUUCCUUGGAGAAGGUCGGGGUCUUCGAGAUUGGAUGGGAAUGGAAUUAUAUUGAUGGCUUUUGUGAGUGGACAGAGAAGGUGUUGAAGUGCUGCCCAAAUGUUAGGAAAUUGAUUGUCCAUGGGAUAGUUCCAAAAGAGGCUAGUAUUCCUUGUCCUUCAAAGUAUUUGAAGGACUUUGGUGAGCACACAUCAUCAAUGUUUGAAAUGAUGAGGAAGUAUCAGCAUAUACAAGUGCAGUUUGUUUACAAGUAUCAACUCUACGCGUAAUUACUGUGCCUUGGGGCAGGUACGCACACAAACACUCUUGAAUCACUAUGUAUUCAUUUUCAGAUUAUUCCCGACUAGGGUAAGGUCCUGAUUACUUGGUACAAAUCACAUUUCUUAUUCGAGUCGAGGCCGGGAGAAUCCUAAAAUGGGUUAAUGUUUUAUUCAAGGUAUAAGAGUUCGCCAUUUUGGGUUCCAGCCAUCGAUCACUUCCAAGUGCAGGAUUAAUCCAGCGAAGAACCUUUCCAUUUUGCUACGGUUUCUGGUGUGACUAGCUGCAUGCCGAUUAGCUGGAUUAUUUUUAUUGUUUGUUAAAUGUGUGGUGUGUAAAAUUACGAAUAAAGAUUAUUGGGGAUC